GUUUUUGUUGGGGGGGGGGGGAGCCCCCCGUAGAACUGCGCCUGCGUAGUUAAAAAAGAAGACGAAAAAGCAAGCAACUGCACACGUACGCGCAGCGCUGUGCUAAUUAACGAGCCUUCAUUUAGGACACUUUUUUUCCUUCUGACGUGAUCAUGGUAAUCCUGGGCGGGAGAUGGUUUAGAUGAUGAGUUCACCUUCCUGAUUACCAUGGCAACGGAAGAGAAUAUAAUGAACAUGGGAGGGCGGAGUUUGCACUUUCUUCCGCAACGGAGCUCGGAGAAGCCGAACGGCUGGCUGGACGGCGGACGCGAGACCGUACCACAACGGCACUUUGCUUGGUUGGGGGACCGGACGAGGCGACGCUCCGCUCCGCGCAGUUCGGCAGACUUGAACAGCAACUUAUUUCGGCCUUCGUGAUUCACAGGAAACCUGCUUCGCAGUGCGUGGACUGAAUCAAACGUAGGCGUGCAAUCGGGUUUAAAUAUCGAGAGCAGCCUUCACCAAGAGGUCGACAGCUUCGACAGUGCUCUGCCAAAGGGUAGAUCCGCGUCCCCUCCUUCCUCACCCCCGGUGAGCUCCGUUGGCCUUUUGGAUGAACAAAAUGUCCAGAAUGGACAUCGGUAGGAGUCAGAAUUCUCCCAACAGCCACUCCUCAUUCCAGAUCUCGGCCCAGGUCAGCGUGGGCCGCUGCAACCCCAGCCCGGUCUCAAUCUGGGGCAAGCGCCUGCAGAUGUUCAAGAUGUUGCUCUUUCCGCUCAUACCGGCCGUCUGCCUCUUCGCACUGACGGCCGUCAACGUGAAGGACGCCGUCUCAUCCCGCCAGGAACUGGCGGACUUCAACUCCCUCUUCCAGCAGUCGGUGGCCCUGGGCUCGAUCAUGCACGCCAUCGAGAUCGAGCAGUCCCUGGCCACGCUCUACACUCGCUACGACGACUUCAGCCGAGUCAGUUUGGACAACAGUUACGCCGAGACCGACGUCGCGGUCCGGGAUCUGCCCUACUGGCCUGAGGAAACCCGCUUCACCUCCAGCCAGCAGUUCCUGACGUUCCUCAACGGGCUGAGAGCCGAGAGCCGACAGAGCAACACAUCAGUCUUCGAGCUGCUGAGGAUCUACUCCAGCGUCAACCGGGCCUUCAUGCCGAUACUGACGGAGAACAUCUUGCAGACAAACCACGAAAGCCUGUGGAAGAACGUCAUGGCCUACGCGUUCAUCAUCCGCGCCCAGGAGUGCACCGGCGCCAUGUCGGCCUACGGUGCAGAGUUCUAUCUCCUCGGGGGCUUGCAGACCAUCAACUACCUAGCCUUCGUUCGUAACAGAGAGCUUGGUGUUAUCCACUUGAACACCUGCCUGAACUACGUGCCUUCGACCAGGGACGUCUACAAUCAGGGUCUGGAGGCACGAAAUAUACAACUGAGCAAAAUCGAGACGAUGAUUGAAGAAAUAUACAACAAUCACACGGAAGUGGUCCUGGACGACAGUGCCUCGCUACUGCGAGCCACGCACUGGCUGGGGAACACCACGGCUCAGCUGAAAGUCAUGAGGAACAUCGGACUGUACUUGGAGAGAAUAGUCAACGAACGCAUCAGCCUGGAUAUCACUUCUAAAAACGAACAGAUUGCCUUGGCUGCUUCCCUAUUCGGCGUUGUUUGUUUGGUCAUCCCCAUCAUCUUCAUACUUGUCUCUAAGACAACGCAAUCCAUUCAGACCUUCGCCUCACAACUAACCGAGAAGACGGUAGAGUUGAAGCUGGAGAAGAAACGGAGCGAUUCCUUACUGUAUCGGAUGUUGCCGAGGCCUGUUGCCAAGCAACUGAGGAGAGGGGAGGACGUCAGCGCUGAGUCGUAUGAGCGAGUCAGCAUUCUCUUCAGUGACAUUGUGGACUUCACUGAGAUCUCGGCCAAGAGCACCCCUAUGCAGGUGGUGGUUUUCCUGAAUUCUCUCUACCAACUCUUCGAUGAUUGUGUCGAGAGCUAUGACGUGUACAAGGUGGAGACCAUAGGGGACGCCUACAUGGUGGUCAGCGGCCUUCCCACGAGGAACGGCAACCGACACGCGGGAGAGGUGGCAUGCUUGGCUCUGGAGAUGAUGGAAAAGAGCAAUGCAUUCAAGAUUCCCCACCUCCCCUCCGAUCGGCUCAAGCUAAGAGUCGGUCUGCACACCGGGCCGUGUGUGGCAGGAGUUGUGGGCUUUAAGAUGCCGAGAUUUUGUCUGUUCGGGGACACCGUAAAUACAGCUUCAAGAAUGGAAUCUUAUGGUGAACCGAUGAAGAUUCACACGAGCGCCGACUGUUACAAUAUUCUGUCCAUUCUUGGGGGUUUCAAGGUGCAAGCUCGUGGUACCAUCGACAUCAAGGGCAAGGGAACCAUGAAAACCUACUGGCUGAUGGGAUACAAGCCCUGCACGAGCCCCAGCGCGAACCAGUUGUUACGAAUCGGCGUACCCAGCACUCAGAACAUCGGCAUGAUCUGUUGACGACCUCAACUAGGCAUGGAACUCCGCGCCGCCGUUGGCCUACAGACCCCUUGCAGCCGGCGUCACAGAUGAGGGCAGGUCUUUGCAUGGAUGGUUUACACUAGAGUGGGCCUACAGCACGGACUACUCCCUUCCCAAAAUGCUUUAAGCUCUGGCAACGGAGCUUCUUCAAGUCACUUUGGUGUCAUUCGGUCGGUCCCCCAAAAAUUGACCCAAAACGAACCCCCAGUGUCCAGUUAAACUCACAUACAUAAUGAGAAUCCUGUCGUCAAUUAUCGUCAUGGCAACCAUCUGGGUUGCCAUAACAACGGCCCAAGAGACGACGUGUACUU